AUGCCAGAGUAUCUGAUCCGCUGCGUGCAGCAACAUGAGAGCUUUCGCAAAUCUGAGCUGGAGUCAUUGGCGACCCUUGCCGGUGUCGAAAUGAAUUUCAUUUCCUAUUCUGAAGAUACCCCCUUCGCCCUCGUCACUCUGCCGUCCGACACGGCGGCCAGAGCCAUAAUAUCUCGAAGCAUCCUCACCAUGGGCGUCUACGAGCUCUGGGGCAGCGGGACCGACUAUCCCAGCCUGCACGCCUCAGUCACGUCUCGAACGUCGUCGCGGUGGGCCGACUACGCGCAGAGCUCGUUCCGCUUCUCGGUCGACACGUUCCAGGGCAAGCGCAGCAGCACGGCGCAGCGCGAGCUGAUCAACGGCUUCCGCUACCUGAACUUCGCGGGGCCCAUCCGCAUGAAGGACGCCGAGCUGCACCUGUGCAUCUUCGAGGAGUACGAGCAGUUCGCGGCCGAGCCCAAGCGCGUCUUCCUCGGCCGCUGGGUCGCCGACGGAGGGCGCAGGGCCGUCGUCACGUACGACCUCAAGAAGCGCCGCUACAUCAGCACCACGUCCAUGGAUGCCGAGCUGGCCCUCGUCACCGCCAAUAUGGCCAUGGCGGCUCCCGGCAAGAUCUUCUUCGAUCCGUUUGUCGGGACGGGCAGCUUCAGCGUUGCGGCGGCCCAUUUUGGCGCCGUGACGGUGGGGAGCGACAUCGAUGGGAGGAGCAUUAGGGGGAAGGCCGAGGGAAAGGGCGUGAUUGCCAAUUUCAGGCAGUAUGGGUUGACGGGAAGAUUCCUUGAUAACUUUGUGAGCGACCUCACAAACACACCAUUAAGGAGAGGCCGGUGGCUGGAUGGCAUUUUGUGCGAUCCACCCUAUGGAGUAAGAGAGGGGCUGAAGGUUCUGGGCAGGAAGGACGGAAGUGGACAAGAGGCUGUGAUGAUCGACGGAGAGUGGGCGCAUCUGCGCGAGGGAUACAUUCCCCCGAAAAAGCCAUACAGCUUCGAGGCCAUGCUUGACGACAUCAUGGAGUUCUCGACGGACAUGUUGGUUGACGAGGGAAGGCUGUCGAUGUGGAUGCCGACGGCAAACGACGAGGAUGUGGAAAUUGCCAUCCCCUCGCACCCGUGUUUACAGCUCGUUAGCGUCAGCGUCCAGCCGUUCAACAAAUGGUCACGGAGGCUGCUCACUUACCGCCGUAUCCCGGAUGCGCAAGUGGACAGGUCUAUAUCCUGGACAAAGCGGACCAAGGAGCACGGCAGCCACGCCGAUGAGCUGAACUCUUUCCGACGCAAGUACUUCCAAGGCUUCAAGGCACCCGAAACUGAGGGAUCAACACCACCGGCGACACAAUCACCGGCCGAGACGGCCGCUGCUUCCACAAAGGAGACGGCGGAACUCCCAUAA